UCCAGUCCUUCCGUAUAGACGACAUUUCUCGUGAUCUCUCGGUAAAAAAAUUAAAAUUACCAAGAUUACUUUUAUGCUUUUCAAGAUUUCUUCAAAGGUAACAUGCCACUUAAGAGCCAUAUGCAUAUUGAGUUCCUCUACUUCCUGGAUGAUUUGGAGUGAUUCUCCUUGUUGGAGUUUCUCUAUGGAUUAACAGAUGGACAUUUCUAUUGCAUUGUCACGUACUUAAUAUGUGAUAUGAUGAUGUAAGACAGACAAAACUGCAAGCACCUAUCAAUUAAUAAGGGCAUGGAAAAAUCAAACAGGAAAGGCAAGGAAGCCUCAAUUAAACCUUUUAAUGAUUCUGGAAAGAAAAUAAAGACCAAAAAAGAUGUUAAAGAGCCAACACAACAUGGAAAACCCAAAGAUACCAGUAAAGAUGUACAAAUCAGAGUAGAGAAAGUUGAAAAUUCCCGGGAAGAAAAGAGCAGUUUUUAUACAGCUGAUGACGAAGACAUGGAUUUUAGUGAUACGGCUUCAGUCAAGGAGCGAAGGCUUUCAGAUAGCUCACUUAAAGGUGUCAGUUGGGUAACUAGUGAAUCUAUUGAAGAAAAAGGGGAAUUCCAUACGACAGUACAAAGAACUCGCAGCAAUACAACAAAUAAAGAAAUGUGGGUGCCAUUGGCAAUAAAAGAUAUAAAUGUUGAAGAUAAAGGAAAAAUCAAGUCGAGAGAACCAACUUCUCCUGAACCCAUAAAACCUCCUAGACCAAAACGAGUGAGUUCAUUCAAGCGCAACUCAAAAGAUGAUAAAGUUGAAGUAAAAAUGAGAAAAUCUAAAGAGAAUGAAAUUGAUCCUGUUAAACCUCCACGGAGAAAGCUACCACGACUUCCAGGAGCUGAUACCGAAAUCCACAAGGGAGAAAAGCACAAGCAAUCAAAAGAAGAACUUUCAGAAGGAGAGCAAGCAACACGGGAUAUAAUAAGCAGGCCUGUGGUGAUGUCAACUCCUUUCAAAGAAAAUAUGACAUUAUCCGUGGAAGACAUAACAGAUAAUGGGGAUGGACGAAGGCUUUUUUCUAUUUAUGAUGACUCUACAGACACGACAGUUCAACAAGGACAAUCAUUUUAUGACUAUUUGUAUUCCAAAAAUGAUAAUACAAGCAAAGAAUUGGCAGCUUAUGAUGCUAACCAAUCAAAGGACCUUAGAGAUGAGAACCUAUAUGAUGAUGUUCCUUUAGACAGCUCUACGCAAAGUCUUGCCAGUAUAGGAAAAAGAACUGAUACAGAUUUUGACAUCUAUGAUGAAGUUAUUGUCAACAAAGAAAACUACAUGAUGCCAGUUAAUGAUGAUGAUGAUAUUUCUGAUAACGACCCAUGGGGCUCUGAUUUUGAUGAUGAAGAUGAUGAUUUUGAAGAUAUCAAUGACCAAGAAAUUGAUAAGAUUAAACUUGAUGACAAUGAUGAAGAUGAUGAUUCAGGGUCAGGCUAUGAAGAAUAUGAAGAAAGGAGGAAUACUUCUUCAGUCUUUUACUCAAAGAGCAGGCAAACACCUAGAAAAGGACAACUCAAUCAAAAGACAGUUAGUCCUUUUCACACAAAAAAGGUCAACUUAAGUAUCCCAGGUCUCAAGGGAUUUAAAGGCUGUUUUGGAAUAAGUAAAGCAGCUAGUUUACCAUACCUGGCGGAUGAUGGAUCCAAAAAUACGGGCCAAGAAGAAGAAAAAGAAGAAGAGUCAGACUAUGUUGACCCCAACAUUGCAGACACAGAAAACUACCAGCAGCCUGUCAUGCCUGUUAUGCCAUCAGGAUUAACCUCAGUACAGAUUAAAAGAUAUCAGAUUGUAAAAUUUAUUCUGGAAAGUGAAGCAGACUACAUGAAGCUGAUGGACAGUCUGAUUAAGAAAUAUGAGUUACCAAUAAGAGAAAGGGACUUGUUGGAAUCCUCCAAGAUUGACAUAAUAUUCCAAGGAAUCCACAAAGUGUUGGAAUGUCAUGUUAUGUUUAACAUUGCUCUGUCUGCAAGAAUGAAUGAAUGGAACACUGAAGAAAAAAUAGGUGAUAUCUUGUAUGCAUUGUUCUGCAAGUCAAUGGUUCUAGAGGCAUACUGUGAGUAUGUUAACAAUUUUGCUAAAGCAAUGAACACCAUAAAGUCAGCUUGCAAAACACAUCUUGCUUUUGCACAGCUAUUAAAGGCAAGACGACAAGCUUGUAGAGAACGUACAACAUUACACAGUUUAAUGUUGAAGCCAACUAAAAGGUUUCCUCAGUUUAUUGAUCUUGUGCAGGAACUGCUCAAGGUAACUCCAGUAGAACAUCCUGAUCGGAUCCCUCUACAAAUGGCUUUGACUCAAUUAGAGUAUCUUGCUGACAACUUGAGUGAGAGAAAGAGAGAGGCAGACUUAAGACUGAAGGUUAAGCUUUUGGACGCCAGUAUUGCACACAUUGGCAAGCCAUUGUCCAGUGGUAAUCGAUAUUUUAUCAGACAAGAUGACUUUGUUCAGUGUGUAAUUGAGGAUGACACCAUUGUGCGAACAAAGCGACGAAGGCUGAUCAUGCUUUCUGACAUGUUGUUGUGUAUUUCUCCUAUCAAAGGGAAAAAGGACAGGGUGGCUAACUUGAUCACUGAUGUCAGAGCCAAGUAUAAACUGAAAUGGAAUGUACCAUUAAGUGAUGUUGAGGUUAUUGAGUAUGGUCCUGGAAUCUCUAUUUAUGCUACCCCUCAGAAAACAACUGUUACUCAAGCCAAAGGAGGGCAAUAUCGUCAACAAACAGGCUGUCAAGAGCAUUUUGCUGACCUUCAACACGAUCUUGCUAUUAUUGGUCAGAUUGCUGGUCUAGUUGCCACUUUAAGAAGAACAUAUCAGAUACUUGAUAAUGAUAAAGUUCAAAAAUGGCACAAAGCUAUUCAAAGAACUAUUGAAGAAGAAACACGAUUGGCUAAUCUCUACUGGCUUGAGCUCUCACUUCCAGCUAAAACUGGAAGAGUGAACUAUAUAUUUAGUACUGACUCCCCCACGAUCAAGGCCGAUUGGUUAACAGCUCUUAAUACUGCUGUUCUUAGACUUGCUCCAGAAAAUAACCCAGGCUGGUAUCUCCCAGAGGAUGAUGGGACAGGAGGAGUGCCUGUCCUGCGUCGCAAUAUGCCUCUUCUCAAAGACAAUACUGAUUUGUUUCUUUUGAAUCCUAAGGCCAGGGUCCAGGGUAUAGUUAGUUGUCCAGAUGCAUCCGACCCUUUACCUGGUAUCCAUGACAACUACAAUAACCUGUGGUUACUGUGCGGUGGUGGGGACAGUGUUGGAUUUGUUAACGUAAUUAGUGUGUCCUCCUCUUCAUCCCCCAAGAUUGUCGAAUCGUUUCAUGUCUGUGAUUCCCAGAUCAUGUGCGGUGAGUUUGUCAAGAGAACCUGUGGUGAAGACAAGAAAGUAACGGGGCCUAUCAGUGGCAAGUUUGGUUUUCCUUUCCCGACUGUCUGGCUUGGAACCCAGUCAGGAAAAAUUUAUAUCUUCAAUGGUGUCGACUCUGAAAGACGAUACGUCAUGUCUGUCAAAUUACCUGACUCUGUUCUCGCUCUAAAAACUGUCAAGAGAAAAGUGUUUGCGAGUCUUGCAGAUGGAAGUGUUGUCGUGUUCAAACCAAAUAAAGAUGGUAUUUGGGACUUCAGCAAGCCUAAAGCAAUUGGCCUCAGUAAGCUACCAGUAAUGAGUAUGGCUCUAGUCAAAGUCACAGGAACCCUGUGGUGCGGUAGCAGUAAUCAAAUCCACGUGCUUGAUUACAAAAAGGAAAUAGUAAUGAACGUAAUCGACGUGGAUCCCAGCUCCAAGGUAACCGUUCGUCACCUCGUGUGCUAUGGUAUCGGUGUUUGGGUGUCUCUAUGGAAACAACCGACAAUUAAGCUUUUCCACAGCGAGACGAUGAAACAUGUUCAGGACAUGAAUAUAGCGUACACUGUUAAUACCAUGCAGAAUGAUAUUGAUUCUCAGCUGGAGAAAAUCAAAUCGACUAAACUGUGUGUGACAUGCAUGGUGGCAGAUGAAGGCUUACUGUGGGUGGGGACAAGUGUAGGUCUUGUACUAUUGUUCCCACUCCCGCGCCUUGAUGGAAUCCCACUGGUGUCGGGACGAGCGUGUGUAUCCUUCCAUGCAUACCAUGGACGCGUACGUAGUAUGUACCCUUUAAAAAACAACCCAAACGCCGAGGUACCUAUUGGAUCAGGUUCGGGGAAUAAGAAAAGAUACCAGCUGUUCAAAGAACACGAGACGCGGGAUGCCUGUGUUCAGACUGACGCAGGGAUUUCUGGGUCUAGUUCUUAUGCUGCAAAUGGUCCUCAGCCGGCAAGAAAUGGAAAUGCAAAACCUAGUAUGUCGUCGAAAGCACCCCGAGCAGAUGCCGAUGAUGAGGAAGAUGACGAAGAUAUACAUUCGGACGACGACUUUUCUUUUGUCGAAGACCAAAAGAAUUAUGUACCGCCAGGGACAUCUUUGACAAGCAGUUCAAACUACACAGUACGAAUCGGAAGUACACAAGGUAAUGGUGAUAUUAAUAGUAGUGGUAAAUUAUCCAAUCAGAUUCCAGAUUUAGCGGACACGGAUUUUGUUCAACUGAUGGAAGAUUUUAAAGGCUUUGGCACUUCUCCAAGUGCCUCGGUUCCAGACCCUCCUGAUGUCUCGGCAGUUUUGAUAACCGGAAGUAUCUCCAAGGAGCUAGAUAAAACCGAGGACAGCACAUCUACAAGAAAUAAGACCACGAAGUUGCAGAAUGGCGAAAGCGCCUCGGCCGAGAAUAACAGUAUGGCAACAGCUGGUAGUUCUCUAUCACCCAGUAGCGAUAGCAGUUAUAGCUUGAAACCUCAAGGUACAGCGCUCGGAAAGCUUUCGACUGAAUUUCGAGAACGAGUUCCCUCAACAGGACAAUACGUUAAACUGAGUGAAGCUCAGAAAGAUGCCAAAGCGAUAGGUGAAGCACUAGAUGUGGGUAAGCCAGCUGACAACAAUGAUGUUAAUCAAGUGGAGGAUGUGAAAGCAGUAGAUGAUGCAUUAGACGCUGCCUUUAGUGAUGAUUUAGAUAACACAGAGAGUAAACCAAGUAACGUCACUUCAGACAGCCUCGGUGAAUCUGCGGAUUAUGUAUCGUUCGUUAACUCUUCCCCAAGGCAAUCAAACAUUCGUGAUUCAGAUUCUGAUAACGAGUCGAUGAAGAAAACCAAUGACAGUUGUUCUUUAUUUUCCCCUCCGUCCUCUGAUGCCCAGUCUCCCGACAAGGGAGAAAGUAAGAAGAUUGUCAACUUGAAGCCAAAGCUCAAAUAUCCAGUCCUACUCGUCACGGCUGGGGAGGGACAUUUGGAUCAAAGACGUAAGAAGCAAGAGACAAAAAGUACAGAGCCGAGAAUCAUGAUAUGGCAGAUCAACUGACAAUAUUUUGCGUUUUUGUUAGAAGACAUUACUUUAAAAAAAAAAAUUAUAAUCUGAUCAAAUCUCUGUAAUGGUAUGCAAAUAUUGCGGCAGCGGAUUGGAUUGAAGGCUCCGCUUUCUAUGCGCACUUAGAAUAUAGCUCUGUUUUCAAAUAUCUCCAAUCUAGGGAAUGCUUUCAAAAUGUAAAUCAAAUGUAAAUGUCCGUUUACAUGAUGUACCACAAUGAGUUAGGCAAGUUUAGAUAUAGAAAAGGGUAGGGUGUCAGUAUAGAGCGUUUUCAUUCACGUGAGAAGGCAGCCAUAUUGCUGUACCAAACAAUAGAAACUUUCUGCACAGUUUUGCAUAAAAAUAACGUUCAAUUCUCCGAGGAAAGAACAUAUAUGAUACAACAACAUGGCCGCUGUGAUGUCACGUGAAAACGCUCUAUAAUAAAGGGGAAGAUAAGACUGUCCGGGCGGAGUACCCCCGUACUUUGAAUUACCUACCGACGGGACAAAAACCACAUCUUUUGUCACAAUCAACCAAUAUGGCGACUAUGACGUCACCUGCACUGCAUGAUUUUUUCGCUUUGCGGAGUGGCACCUGUUUUUUUUCCGCGGCAGCGUUCCUCUACGAAGGACCAACUGGCGCACUUGAUCGUGCUCAAUUUUACUGACGUUUGUCCCUCAAUUGAAAGAUGCGCACUAGACAUUAGAUAGUAUGCAACAGCAGAAUCUUAAAAACCGCAUGUUCACGAACAAAGUAGUCUCUAGCUUCGGUAGAGUAAAGCCUGGUUCUCGCAAGCAGACGUAACUCCAUGUUUCUCACUAUUAAAAAAAGGAGCUCAAGAGAACGAAAGAUUUUGUUUUUCGUUCGUUGGCUUGCGUUGUUAGUGGAAACCAGGCUUUACAUUUUGAAAUAUUCAUUGAUAAAGUUUUUUUAGAUGAUUUUAUUAAUAUAAAUUGAUAUAUUUUUUAUUGGCUUAGUAUUUUAAAUUAUCUUAUAAUUCAACAAUGUAUUGAAGAUUGAAACUUGUAAUAUUCAGAUAAUAUAAAAUGUAAAUAAUGGGACAGUGUCGCUCUGCGGUCACUGGUUGACAGCAGGACUAUAUUUUUCCCCAGCCUAUAAGAAUGACUUGUUAUUUUCUACUAAAGCCGGUAAUUAUGUUUCGCUGCUCAAUAAACGAUAACAAUUUGCUACGUA